AUGAGUGCCGACAUAGCCAGGGAGGCCGAGGCCCGUCAUGACAAGGCGCAAGAGUCGAAUGAGCCCGCGGAAGCGCAGCACAAGACGUUCUGGCAAGCCGCCCUGCCGGUUUUUGCUUGUGGCGCCGGCCUGUUUUCAGACGGAUACAUCAAUAAUGUCAUUGGGUCGGUAAACACCGUGUUGGGAAUCCAGUAUGGCUCGUUGUACAAGGACUCACAGGCCUCCAAGUAUGUUGCUGACAUUGCGUUUGCUGGUACCGUCGUUGGCCAGCUGCUGUUUGGCUUCCUUUCCGACCGCUGGUCUCGAUCCAACUCGCUCGUCGUAUCUACUAUUAUUCUCAUCGUCUUUACAGCCCUCGCUGCGGGGUCCUACUUCCGCGGCGACACGAUUGGCAUGUUUAAUAUACUGGCUGCCUGGCGUUUCUUUGUAGGCAUUGGUAUCGGAGGUGAAUAUCCUGCUGGUAGUGUCGGAUGUGCCGAGUCGACGGGGGAUCUGAAAAAGGGCACACGACACAGGUGGUUCAUCCUCUUCACCAACACCAUGAUCAACUGUGGUUUCGUCUUUGGCGCCUUCUUACCCUACGUGAUAGCGGCGGCCGCUCACAACACAAACUACAGCACCAUCUGGAGAACAAGUCUGGGAAUCGGUGUCGUCUUCCCCUUGGUCUUGCUCCUGCUCCGUAUGCGAUUAAAAGAGCCCGAAGAGUUCACAAAAGAAGCCAUGCGUAGGCAGACACCGUAUAUUCUGGUGCUCAAGUUUUACUGGUUCCGCUUGCUGUGUGUCAGCAUCAUCUGGUUCCUGUACAACUUCUCCGUCUACGCCUUUGGCAUCUACUCGUCGUCGAUUCUGAGCGGCAUCUACGACGACCAGGCGCCGCUGACUACCAUCUUUGGGUGGAACACCGUCAUCAACAUGUUUUACCUUCCUGGCUCCAUCAUCGGCUCCUUUGUGAGCGAUAAAUUGGGACCCAAAUACACUCUGAUUCUUGGCGUCAGCGCCCAGGCCGUUGUUGGGUACAUCAUGGCUGGUGUCUACGGACAAAUCUCCAACAAGAUCGCUCCCUUUGCCAUUGUCUAUGGCAUCUUCCUGUCGCUUGGUGAGUUGGGCCCCGGCAAUAACAUUGGCUUGUUGGCCGCCAAAACCUGCGCAACCGGUGUGCGUGGCAGGUACUACGGUAUUGCGGCCGCCAUGGGGAAAAUCGGUGCUUUCAUCGGAACUUGGGUCUUUCCUUACAUCCAGGCCGCUGGUGGCAACAAGGUUCAGUCUGCCCAGUACCCCUUCUGGGUCGCGUCAAGUCUCUCCGUGCUGUCUGCGGUCAUUGCCUUCUUCUUCAUGCCCAACAUUGGCCAGGAUACAAUUGCGGAUGAAGACAUUCGAUUCCGGGACUAUCUAGAGAGCCAGGGCUGGGAUACACGGCAGCUUGGUUUCGAUUCCAAAGACCCUGAGCUGUCCGCAGGCGAGAAGCCACAAGCCGUUCAAAAGUCGGACUAA